CGCACGUUCCCCCAGACGAAAACAACAAAAACUCGUCGCCGUCGCUCAAAUCCGAAUUGAAUUUAUUUUUCCCAAACAGAAAUCAUAAAUUAAUCAAAGCAUUGUUACAACACCAACGAUUUUCGGACUCGGAUUCUCUUCUUUUUUUUUUUGGCGGAGAAGAGACAACAAAAAAAAAUAAUUCAAGAAAGCAAGAGGAAGAGGAAGCCAGCAAUAACAACAACAACAACAACGACAGAAAAUGUGCCGCUGCUGUCAAAACUGUUGGGAAGAUUUCUACUGGAAUUGCUUCGAGGAGCGUUUUUGCUAUGAUGAAUCGAUCGCCAACUACAAUCCCGAGGAUGACGAGGACUAUUUGGCAUCCAGAAAGAAUGGCCAGAUUAUUGGGCGCAUACAGCCGUCAUCGGCGGAUAAUAACAAUUCGUUGACGGUGCCCCAACCGAUUUGCGAUCAGCCGCAAAUGAGGCAAGGCAACUCGAGCUUGGGCCUGAGUCUAAUGAGCGCCAAGAUCCACGAGGAAGACUAUCGUCGGGAGACACAGAUCAAUGUUCCCAACUUGGGACCAGAGAUAUUGGCAGUGUUUGCCAAUUCGCAGAUCUUCCAGGAUCAUCAGCCAACCAAGCUAAAUCGGAUUAGCACAAAGACCUAUUUGGCUGGUGUACAUUCGCCGAAUCGCGAGAUGCCGACCACACCGCGUUUGAGUGAUCAAGAUAGAUUGCUGCGACGUCUGGAAGGUGAUGCAACGGAUGCAAGGACAGGAUCGGCAGAGAAGCGUAUCACAUUCACCUUGGCCCCCAGUUCCGCUGAAUGCUCACCCUCCGGAAGCCAAACGACCCUUACUCCCAAGAAAUUUGAGGCCAUUGCCGAGGAGGAGAAGGAAGACGAGAAGGCCGAAGAGGAGGAGGAGGCCAUGGAGGAGGUGGUUCUCCGACCACGCCUCAUUGACCGUCAUCCUCACCUGUUGGCCAAUCCCAGCGGUCUGGCCACCACGCCCAAACGGAUCCUGCGAUCUGCCAAAAGCGUUCCCCACAUGAAUGUACGAUCGUCGGCUAGCGAAACUGAUAUAUUCUCAAUUAGUGGCACGAUGACAGGAAGUAGCCAGAUCAGCAUGACGCCCGAGGUGCCCUCGAUAUCGUUUAGCAAUCUGCCGAAGAACUACGAAGACACACCCACCAUCGAGAAGUACAGGGUAUCACAGAGUCUGUAUUCGAUUCAAACGGCAAAUGCAGCUCGUGCCACGCAAGAUGAUUACUCGAUGCCACGAUAUUUCCGUCGAUCUGCCAUGUUAUUGACUCAGAGUUCAGAGGUUCUGCCGGGGUCCAGUUCUUUGGCCUCCAUGUCACCAUCAAUGGCUUCUUCCUCUGCCUCGCCAGGAUCCUCCAAGGACGAACUCCGACGCCCCGAAAAGGAGAAGAGCAAGAGACUCCAAAUGCUGCGCGGAAAUCUGCCACCCCUGCUCAUCCAUUCCGUAUCCUUCAAACGCAAUCGUGACGAGGGCAAGCAGGUGGACUAGUUGCUUUCGACAAUUAUUUAUUCGUUAACCCAUUUGUCCAUGUUUUAUCUUUUUAAAAUGUCUUAGACUUAGUAACUUUUUAAGUGUUUUCUGUAUUAUGUUCUAAGCAAAGACCUUGUCCAAAACAACUCACUCAGUAUUCGGAUGUACUUCAUUUAUGAUCGAUAUUACAAAAUAAAUUGUAUUUUACCCCAAA